AUGAUUGUUGGAAAUGAACUGAGUGAUACUAUUGCAAAUAUCAGUGAGGAUGAUGUGUGGAUUGUGCAUCCCAUACCUGGUUAUGUCGUUAAAUUUAAGGAAGUAAAUUCCAAUUGUCGCACACUGUUUAUGAAAGAGAAAUGCAAACUUUUUUUAAAUAUCUGUCAUUGCACGCAGUUACCUCCUCCAGAAGAUCUCAGUGAGGACGAAGUUGCAAAAUUGUUGGAUUCAAGUGAUCCGUCAAAGUAUCGCAUACCAUUAUGUGUUGGUGAUGUUGAAGUGGUUUUAGACAGAAAAGGAGAAGAUUCUGUAAAGAUAGAUGUAAUCGUCAACUCUACUUUUUAUUUGGUGCAGCUCGAAAAAAGUGAAUUUUUUCGACAGUUAUUGCUACUGGUUGUUUCAGAAGCAGUUGAGAAGAAGCAUGAUAUUACGAUCGAUGUAAAGGGAGCGAUUAAAUUAAAAAAUCGAAAGUGUGUGGGUGAUUUGAGUGCUCAGAGAAUACGAAAAAAACCGCGAGAAGCGUUUAUAAGAGAAGUAGAAUCAGUAAAGCAAUCAGAAGGGCCGAUCCAUGAGCAAUAUUGUCUUCCAAAGAAUUGCCUACUUAUUCUUCGAGACGGCAGACAACUGGAGGUGAACUUGAAGCUUGCUAGUGUGCUACCAUCGAUAAAAAAUACUGACAGGUUGAAUGUUCGGAUGAAUGACGAUCAUUUGUUAAUCAUACUUGAUCGGAAACAAACAAUCUUGGAUAUUUAUUUUCCGGUAAAAGUAGACUAUAAAAGAGUAGAAGCAAAACUAUUGUUAGAUGAAGGAAUACUGCGGAUUCUAGCUCCUGUUAUUUGGUGA